AUGGAGUUCGACCUGUCGGCAGCCCUGGGCCCUGGCUCUAAGAAGUCCGAGGGGGCAGGUCAAGGCGGAGACCGCAAGCACUGUCCUCCUACAGCUCAGGCGGGCGCCGCUCACAAGCCGGCUCACAUCCCCUCCUAGCACGGCUCCUCCGACUCCAGCAGCAGCAGCUCCAGCGACUCGGAGGCCGAAGGGAAGACGCACGCCGCUGGCUCCAAGAAGCAUGACCGCUCCGCGGACAAGGCCAAGAAACCCAAGGUGAAGAAGGAGAAGAAAAAGGAGGAGGAGAAGAAAAAGGACAAGGCCCCCCACUGACUUAUUAAACGCGCGGCCCGCCCGCUCCCCAGCGCCCUCUGCGGGUCGGGAGCGCAGGCGGCGCCGGCGCAUCAGGUUUAUUGUUGCGGGUGUGCAGCUGGCGACGGGACACGAGCACCUCGGC